UUCUUUUUACAAUAAUUUAGCCUACCCAAAACCUGUGACGUUAAAUUUACUUCCAAGACUAGCCCUCGUCUAUAAGAUCCUUCCUAGUAAUGAUCUCUAUAUAUUUUCCAAAUCUGUUCUCAUUGUUCAUCAUCUUAAGCUUUGAUGGUAGCCAUGAAAAUCACUGAUGUCAUGAAGAUCAUUAAUGCUGCAAUGAUGUUGCUGUUACUAGCAUUAAUGGCCGCCAUUUCAACUGCUUCAGCCGAUGAACAAACGUAUAUAGUUCGUAUGGACAAGACACGGAUCACAAACACUUACAGUUCCCUUGUUAGUAGUACAAAACCAUGGCACCAAGCUGUUCUUGAUUCUUUAAUUGAUGUUUCUUCCAUGGAAGCAACACCACCGGAGCUACUGUAUUCCUAUGAGACCGCCUUGUCUGGUUUCGCCGCAAAGCUGUCUAGUAAACAGUUAGAGUCGUUGAAAAACAUGGACGGGUUCAUGUCGGCGGUACCUAAUAAAAUGCUAAGCCUCCACACUACUCGGAGUCCAUUGUUUCUUGGCUUAACAGGGAUGAAAGGUGAAAAAGGACCAUGGAGUGGUUCUAAUUUACAUUCCGAUGUAAUAAUCGGCGUGGUGGAUAGUGGGAUAUGGCCGGAACAUGUUAGUUUCCAAGACCAUGGGUUGUCUCCGGUACCGGAAAGAUGGAAGGGUGUUUGUGAAAACGGCACUAGAUUCUCACCGUCCAAUUGUAACAAAAAACUAAUCGGUGCUCGUUAUUUCUACGGCGGGUAUAUAGCCGAUGGUGGGAAAAUCAAUGACAAGGAAGAAUAUAAAUCCGCAAGAGAUGUAUCCGGACAUGGCACGCAUACGGCUUCGACGGCCGGUGGGGACGUUGUCGAAAAUGCGAAUCUUUUCGGUUUAGCUAAUGGUACGGCGACCGGAAUGAGGUACACGGCGAGGAUCGCGGCGUAUAAAGUAUGUUGGCCGGGGUGUACUAGUGUCGAUAUCUUAGCAGCUAUGGUGAAAGCUAUUGAAGAUGGUGUCGAUGUAUUGACACUUUCGUUAGGAUCCGAGUCCGAGGCCGUGCCGUAUUGGCAAGAUUACCUUGUUAUUGCAUCGUAUUUGGCUUUUAAAAGUGGGAUUUUCGUUGCCUUUAGUGCAGGUAAUAGUGGGCCGGACGCGUACACCGUAGUUAACACCGCGCCAUGGAUCAUGACUGUAGCGGCUAGUACUAUGGACCGAAGCUUCGUGGCGAUUAUCAAACUUGGAAACGGAGAAACUUUCGAAGGGUCGUCGUUUUAUACUGGUAAGGCCUUAAAGGAAUUACCAAUUGUGUAUGGCAAAACAGCAGGGAAUUUAGGUGCUGAAUAUUGCCUCUCUGGGUCACUUGAUCCUAAGCUUGUGAAAGGAAAGAUUGUGAUUUGCGAACAAGGAAUAGUGCGACGGGCCGAAAAAGGCGAGGCCGUAAAAUCGGCCGGGGGAGCUGGGAUUUUAAUACUAAGCCCCGAAGGUGAAGAUCUUGCCAAUGAGGUGCACGUUUUACCGGACAUUUUUCUAGGAGCCAUAGCCAGUAAAGCUGUAAUCAAGUAUUGGAACACAACUAAAGCACCAACAGCUUCCAUUGUGUUCAAAGGCACAAUGUAUGGUAACCAAGCACCGAAAGUCGCAGCAUUUUCAUCCCGAGGACCGAAUUUAGUUGGACCGGACGUGAUCAAACCAGAUAUAACAGCACCAGGAGUCGACAUACUAGCAGCAUGGCCGGCCGAAACGAGUCCGAGCAGGCUUAAAUCUGACAAAAGACGGGUAUUAUUCAACAUAAUUUCGGGUACAUCGAUGUCAUGCCCUCACGUUAGUGGCAUUGCCGCGCUGAUUAAAUCGAAGCACAAAGAUUGGUCCCCAGCAGCAAUCAAAUCUGCACUCAUGACAACUGCAUAUACAUUAGACAACAAAGGAAAACCAAUAGCCGAUCUCGCGUUUUACAACUCGGCAUCACCUUUUGCUAUCGGUUCGGGUCAUGUCGAUCCCAUGAAAGCUACCGAUCCCGGUUUAAUAUACAACAUUACCGCCGAGGAUUACAUAAGUUACUUGUGUAGCUUGCACUAUACCGAUUCUCAAGUAUCCAUGUUCGAAGAAGGUUAUCAAUGUACGCCGACUGAACUAAGGAUGCAACCCGGUGACUUGAAUUACCCGUCUUUCGCCGUGAAUUUCAAACAAAAGGCUCGGAAUGUUAUGUUUACAUACAAAAGGACUGUCACAAAUGUUGGGAUACCUAAAAGUACAUACAAAGUAUCAGUUGAAGUACCCAAAGGAGUAUCUGUGAUUGUGAGUCCUAAAGUUUUGAGUUUUACUGAGUUGAAUGAGGAACUGAGUUACGAAGUGAGCUUUACUGGACUGAGUCGAAACAAAACGGUAGCUGGCUCAUCAUUUGGAUCCUUAGUGUGGGUUUCUGGUAAUUACAGAGUUCGAAGUCCCAUUGCAGUGAGUUGGAAAUAGCCAUUUGCCUAUGUCCCAUAGUGGUUCAAAAUCCUUGAGAUGAAUUGCAAGGAUUCUCCUUUACUUUUUUUAAAAAAAAAUUUUAACCCAAAUUUGAUCUUUAAAUUUGGAUGUAUGCUUGUUGAAGGGACUAAAGACAAUUUUAAAUUGGCAUAAUGAUAAAUUUAGCUCUUAAUUUUUA